AUGCUGGAGGUCUAUGUGAUCCUGCUGUCGGCGCUAGCCGGUUGCUUCCUCACCCUCCUGCUCCAGCUCCUUCUCCUCUACAGGAAGAAGCCGGAGACCCCAGGGGCGGACGGAGCCCGCGGUCGCCUCCUCUACUCCCGUGUCGCGGCUGAGUGCAGCCUCAGGGACUACCUCCAGGGCACGGAGCAGGCCGGCAACCAUUCGUCUCCGGAGCCAGCCCCUGCCUCGGCCUCAGCGCCGGCCGCCGCCGCCGCGGCUCCCGCCGCUACCUCGGGCCCGGAGCCCAGCGCCAAACAGCAGCAGCAGCCAGAGCCCCCUCCGGCCCCCUCCUCCCGUGAGGAGACGUGCCACUUCCUCAAUGCCAUCUUCCUCUUCCUCUUCAGGGAGCUCAGGGACACGGCCCUGGUCAGGAACUGGGUCACCAAGAAGAUCAAGGUGGAGUUUGAGGAGCUGCUCCAGGCCAAGAUGACAGGGAAGGUGCUGGAGGGACUCAGCCUUAGGGAGGUCUCUCUCGGCGAUGUCCUUCCCAUCUUCAAAUCUGUCAAGCUCAUUCAUCCGGUGGCCUGCAACGAAGAGGGUACGCCCGAGGAGCUGGGCUUUGAGGUAGACCUGGAGUACAACGGUGGCUUCCACUUGGCCAUUGAUGCUGACCUGGUCUUUGGCAAGUCGGCCUACCUCUUUGUCAAGAUCUCCAGGGUGAUGGGGAAGCUGAAGCUGGUCUUCACACGCCUGCCCUUCACACACUGGUCCUUCUCUUUCAUGGAUGACCCUGUGAUACUGUUUGAAGUGAAGUCCCAGUUUGAAGGGCGGCCCAUGCCGCAGCUCACUUCCAUCAUAGUGAACCAGUUCAAGAAAGUUAUUAAACGCAAGCACACCUUACCCAAUUACAAAAUCAGGUUUAAGCCAUUCUUUCCAUGUCAAGUAUUGCCACCUGAUGAAUAUGAAGAUCGAGAGCUCUCUAUACAAGAUAUUCUGUUGACAGAAGGUCGACUAAAAGUCACAUUAAUUGAAUGUACAAGGCUGCUUAUAUUUGGAUCUUAUGAAAGAGAAACAAAUGUUCAUUGCACAAUGGAGCUGAGCAGUAACGUUUGGGAAGAAAAAUCCAGAAGUUCUAUUAAAACGGCAGAGCUAGUGAAAGGGAAUCAGCAAAGUGUUGGCCUCACACUUCGCCUUGUGCAGUCCAAGGAAGAGGAUGCAGGACACAUUGUCAUUGAAACAGUGACUCCAAACUCAUCUGCUGCAGCUGCUGAUCUACAGAGGGGAGACAGAAUUCUAGCCAUUGGCAGCGUUAAAGUCACAUCAACUGUCCAAGUGUUGAAGCUGAUCAGACAGGCUGGUGACAAAGUUUUAGUCUUUUAUGAAAGGCCUGUUGGGUAUAAUCAGCAUGGCUUAGCACUGCAGGAUGGAUUUGGGCAAUUAGAAGACACUAAUUUCUUGACACAGUCAGAAGAUGACCAAUCCAGUCUGUCAGCUGAUGUCGACAGUAGAGACUUUGAUUCAGAAUUUGAGGACUUAGCCUGUGAAUCACCUGAGCAAAAAGAAGAUCUGCCAACAACUCCAAGUCCCAAACGUUCGGCGGUGAUACUUGCUGCUAAACCCCUUGGAACUAUCUCUCCCAUUCUGAAUCGAAAACUUCAUUUAGGAGGUUACCAGACAACAUCAAAAACGCAACAAAAAGAUGGAGCUAAAGUGGCAGCACCCAAAGCUGCUGAGGCUUCAGAUGCACCACAGCCAUCGGGGAAACAAUCGCAAGGAUCCGGCACUAAGCCUCCUGUGCCACCUCGGCCGCAAAGUAAGCUGGUUUUGCCUGCUAGUGAAACUCAGAACGUGCUAGAAACAGGAGGUGUGUCCUCUGAAAAACCAGAGAGGCCACCUCCACCUACAAAUAUUGGGGAUAAAUGUGCAGAGAAGGUGAUGAAGAACAACGAUCAACUGGAAGACCCAACAGUAACAAAAGUGAUAACAGUAUCAAAACAAGAUACGUUGAAAGAUGGGCUUCCAGAAAACACUCGUGGGGAUGACCAUCAAAUAUGGGAAUCGCCAGAAAUUCCUUACAAAGCCCGGCAAGGCCGGUGGCCAAGGACGAGAGCAUCCUCCUGCCUGUUUGAAGUAGAAGGAUACCAGAAGUACCUUAAUGUUGCACUGUGGUGCAGAGACCCUUUCAAAGCAGGUGGUUUCAUCUGCUUAGGAUAUGCAAGCAUAAAACUUGAAGAAAUUGCUUUAGAUUGUAUAGCUACAUCCUCAAUGGAGUACUUUAGAACAUUUAAGCUGGACGCUCCUACCCCGAAAGCUGUGGUCACCAGGACAGCGUUGAGGAAUUUGACAACCCAGAAAGGGUUCAACGAAAAGUUUUGCUACGGCGACAUCACUUUACACUUCAAAUAUUUAAAAGAAGGGGAAGCAGAGGAUUCCAGCGUUCUCCUGGAGAAAGAAAAGGAGAGUCACUCGGAGGAAGAAGCUCGUGUGCUUCAGAAAGAGGAUUCUUACUCGGGGCAAGUUGUUCUUCCGGAGAACAAGCAUAACUUUCAAGACACUCAGUUUCAGAAUCCGACUUGGUGCGACUAUUGCAAAAAGAAAGUGUGGACUAAAGCGGCGUCGCAGUGCAUGCUCUGUGCUUAUGUGUGCCAUAAAAAGUGUCAAGAGAAAUGCCUGACCGAGACACCCUUUUGUGUAGGAGCUGAAAAGAGACUUGAUCGAACUGCUUGUAGAGCAGAAGGGCAGGAGCCUCCUCCCCAAGCCGCGUCCUCUCGUGUCGAUUCGGAGUCUAAGUCCGUUAACAGAACGACAGGUCUGACCAGGCAUAUCAUCAAUACAAGCACUCGCCUGUUAAACCUUCGGCAAGUCCCCAAAGCUCGGCUCUCCGAGCAGGGAGCAGAGGUGGUAGAGCCUUCCCCAAAGCACACACCGAACACUUCCGAUAAUGAAAGCAGCGAUACUGAAAUCGGAGGGCCCGGCAGCCCCUCCAAACGUGCAGCGGGGACUGGGAUCAAGCUGGUCCGCAAGGAGGGCGGUCUGGAUGACAGCGUCUUCAUUGCCGUGAAAGAGAUCGGCCGGGACCUCUACAGAAGUUUGCCCACGGAGGAGCGCUUUCAGAAGUUAGAAUUUAUGUUGGAUAAGCUGCAGAACGAGAUAGACCAGGAGUUGGAAAAUAAUAAUUCGCUCGUUAAAGAAGAGAAAGAGACGAGCGACGCGAGGAAGAAAGCCCUGAUUUCCACUGCGCUGGCCAAGUCUGGCGAAAGACUGCAGGCCCUUACGCUGCUGAUGAUCCACUACAGAGCAGGCAUUGAGGAUAUAGAGUCCUUGGAGAGCAUGUCCCUAGACCGGCAGUCCAAAAGAGUGACUAAAGAGCUGGAGGAGCCCAGCAUAGUGGAAGACACAGAUAGCAAAGACGUCAGUCUGACGGAGGCUCCAACAUUCAACAUCAGAUCAGAGGAACCGGUUGAUCCACCUCAAUCAGCAGACUGA